UAUCGUACCCUUGUUUCCUUCUCUCCCAAUUCUUUGAUUUCUCGCGACGACUCUAGGGUUAGGGUUAGGUUUUGCUGCGAGCAUCUCCUUCGCAAUUAGCCACCGGGGAGCUCGUUUCUCGGAUUGGUUGUGUAAUGAACGUUGGAAGGUGAAGGCUGAGUUUUGUAGGAUUUGGUGUUCUUUAUCAGUCGUUUCCGUUGAUACAUUUUAAAGGUGUUUAGGAAUAUACAAAGCUAAAUUUUGAUUCGAAGACAAGAUAGCAGCUAGGUUUUGUUUUCACUGUUUACGCAGUGAUACUGCAAUCAGGAUUGUACCUCUGAUUCUGCCUUAGCUUGUUCCGGAUAUUCUGGUUUUAGAAGAUAGCAAUGUCUGGAAUGUUGACUGAGGAAUCUUCACACUGUGAGAGUGGAACUACGAGGAAUUCUCAUGAUAAGCAUGAUGAGGUUGGGCGCUGGUAUUUUUCUAGAAAAGAAAUAGAAGAACAUUCACCAUCAAGGCGGGAUGGAAUUGACUUAAAGAAAGAAAUAUACCUUCGCAAAUCAUACUGUACCUUUUUGCAGGACUUGGGCAUGCGGUUGAAAGUUCCUCAGGUAGCAAUAGCUACGGCAAUAAUGUUUUGCCACCGAUUCUUCAUCCGUCAAUCACAUGCCAAGAAUGACAGGAGGACGAUCGCGACUGUCUGCAUGUUCCUUGCUGGAAAGGAUGAGGAAUAUCCACGGCCGCUAAAAGAUGUUAUAGUUGUGUCCUAUGAGAUAAUUCACAAGAAGGAUCCUGCUGCAGCACAGAGAAUCAAGCAAAAGGAAGUAUAUGAGCAACAAAAAGAGCUUAUAUUAAUCGGAGAAAGUAUUGUGCUUACUACAUUAAACUUCGACCUUAAUGUUUAUCACCCUUAUAAACCCCUUGUAGAAGCAAUUAAGAAAUUUAAGGUUGCGCAGAAUUCUCUUGCCCAAGUUGCAUGGAAUUUUGUUAACGAUGGCCUACGGACAUCACUCUGUCUGCAAUUUAAGCCUCAUCACAUUGCUGCGGGUGCCAUUUUUCUUGCUGCCAAGUUCCUUAAAGUGAAGUUACCAUCGGAUGGAGAGAAGGUCUGGUGGCAAGAAUUUGAUGUCACACCUCGGCAGUUGGAAGACGUGAGCAACCAAAUGCUUGAGCUUUAUGAGCAAAACCGUAGCCCUGCAUCUCAAGGAAGUGAAGUUGAAAGUAGCGUUGUUGGAGGAGUGGCUCAUAGGUCUGCUUCUGGAAAUGCUGCUUCCACGGAUAGACAUGGAAGUUCUAGGCAAAUAUUAUCACGCCAACCUCCUGACCAUUCAAAUUCGGAUAAUCAAGGAGGUUCAUCAAAAGCCAGCCAAAAUCAGAACAAUGAUAAUGGGAGUGGGGAGACGGGUAGUGUCAUUACCGAGCAUAAAGGGGAGAGGGAGAGAGAUAAUAAAGAUAGCCAGCAUUCUGAAGUUCAUCCAUCUUAUAAGGGCAGUGUGAGGGAAGCUCCCCAUAAAUCCAUUUCCAGAGUUGAACGAACUGGGAAGGAAGAUACAGGAAACAGAUCUGGAGAUCACAGAGAUGACAUCAGUCUUCAUAAAUCUAGAAAUGUUGAUAAAGGUGAUGCCCCAGUAAGCCAAUCACCCAAGGACUUGAAAUUGCUGCGAGAUACGGUCAAGGCUAAAUUAGAGAAAGCUAAGAAGUUACAAGGGGAAAGAAAGAGGAAAAAGGAUUUGAUGGACGAGGAUGAUCUAAUUGAAAGAGAGCUGGAAAAUGUGGAAUUGGCAGUCGAGGAUGACAAAACAAAUCAAAAGAAAGGACAGAGCUUGCCAAAGGUCGAAAACUCUGAUAACAUGGAUAUAGAAUGUUAUGAAGCUAGUGGGAAGGGGGAAAUCACAAACAUGGAGGAAGGUGAGUUGGCAGGGGAUGCUUCCCCUGCGACGAACAGCCGGAAGAGAAAACUGGAAAGUCCUUCCAAAAGGCAAUCAGAAGGGAAGAGUCGACGUGAACAUGAAUCAAACUACAGCCAUGAGAAUAUCGAAGAGAGUCAUAAGGUGGGUCAUGGUGGAUAUGCCGAGAGGGAGCACAGAAGACACUCACACACACAAGAAGAUAAUCAUUCAUGAGGUAAAUGAUCAAAUUCUCUACUCUUUGAUCUGUCUUAAUAUUAUAUGGUCAUUACAACCUGUUGGCACUUGGAAUGACCCGGUCGGUUAAGUCUUUGGUCUGGCGAUUGUGACAAAUCCAAAUGGUUGUGAGAUGCCAUUGGAGAACCGUCGAUAAAUCUUGGAAGGAUGAGAAUGAUGUUGAGUAGUAGAAAGAAACCCAAAAAUCCUUAGGAGUCUUAGGACAGCCAGUUGUUGUUUGGGGAAGAUCCAUUCCUGGGAAUCUGAAUCUCUCUUGGAAUCUUUGUUCUUCCUGAUAAAUCCUUUUAGAGUAUUGGUAAGAGUUUUUGCCAUUGCCGCCUAAGAGAAUAAUGGUUCUUUGUAUUUUUUUUUUGGUAGACAUUUGAUUGUGGGAAUGAGUACAAAAGGCAUUAUUGUUACCACUCUUUUUUGGCUUUCCUGUCCGUACAGGGGAAGAAAGAGAGAGAUCUCAAGCCAAUAUGGCCAUACACGAUUAUCAAUGUUAAUUUUGUUUCUCUAUUUUUGUAAUAGAAAACCUAAAUUCCCUUUAAUUGUAUGAAAAAAAGUUGGGAGAACACCAUGAUUUGUUAAUGGCAUUUUUGAGUUUCAUUA